GAAUCAAAACAAAAAACCAGGGAUCUGCAAAGCCACCAACUCUGCCCACCCCCUGUUUGUCAGGAAACAGGCAGAGGAAAGGAACCCUCAUCGAAUUUUUCCGUUCAACAGUCCUCCUUUCCUGUAAAUGCACAUACAUUACUCAAGUUACAAGACCAGAGACAUGCAUUAAACAUUAAUUCUUCCUUCACUGCUCCCCGCGUUUCUCAGAGAUGUGUAAUGGUAAAGAAUGCAAGAAUCAUGAGACGUUCAAGGCCGUGCAACCUAAUUAAGAGACACGCUCCAGAGAGCAAGAGUGCCCCGGGGAGAGGUAGCGGUGAUGAAAAUCAGGGUGCUGCCCGAAGGAACGGAGAUGAGAAGUUGAGGAGGAGGAGCGAGGAAGAGAAGCGGGAGACGCUCUUACAACUUAUCAUCUGGGGACCUAAUUAAGCAUUUGGAUUCUUUAUUUCUGAUCACAAGAUUCAAGGGAACUCAAAAUUUCUGAAUUGGAAGAGAGCCUCAAUAUAUCAGGAGCCUAUUC